AAUUAAUAAGCAACCCGCGAAACGAAACUUUUAUUAAAUACAAUUAUUUUAAAUCUAGCUGUUGUUAUAAUUAGAUGCAGUUUAAAUAAAAUGCAUUAGCAUAGACACGUAUAUAUAGUAAAAGAACUAGCAUGCAAGGACUUUAAAAAAUAUUUUGUACUAAUUUCGGACGCACAUAACAAGGUGUAGUGUGACCAACGCUCAUUUAGCGCGCUGCGUCGCAUUUUAAGAUUCGCGCCGAAACAAUACAUGAAAAUAAUAUUUACAAAAUUACUAAGAACAAUAAAAAAGAGGACACAGCAAACCGACAAUGGACACCGAGGAGAAAGGCGUGAUCCUACAACGCUUUGCGGCAAAUUGCCGCAAGUUGCAAAUAGAUUCGGAUAUUUGGGAACAUGCAACAACAAUGUUUCACAAACUGAAUGCAGAUGGAGCGCUCUCCAGCGAAGCAGAUGAUUGGCUCUGCUGCGCCGUCUACAGCGAACUGCAGCAAACGAAAAUGAAGGACAUGCGCCAAGAGCAGGACUCCAAGGACAACGAUGUGGAGUCACAUGCAGAGGCGGAGAAGGCGCCACGUAGUCAAAGCUGGAACAUGUCGUUGACGAAAGUGUUGAGUUGCUUCGGCAUGAACAUAGGAAAGUUCUUUAAACGCAUGGAACAUUGGAAUUGCAUGGCCAAAAACUCCUCUGUGUUUCAGCAAGAGAUCAUCGAGCUGAAUCGUCGCCUGGGGAUUACGCUUCUGCUGCUACAGCAUUAUAAACGCAUCUUCAGACAGCUUUAUGUGCAGCCCGAAGGACCAGAAAGUCGUGCCCACUACCAGAUGAUCUACGAGUUUGGCUGGCUGCUUUUUCUUGUGGUGCGCAACGAGUUGCCGCCAUUUGCCACCAGCAAUCUGAUCAAUGGUUGCCAGGUGUUGAUCUGUGCCCUCGAGCUGGUCUAUGUGAAUGCUCUGGAGGUGCGCAACUCAGACAUUAUCAACACCAACUUUCCAGGGUUGCCCGCCAAGUGGCGCAACAGCGACUUUGACAACGAGAUGUUGAACAAGUUUAGUGCCAUAGAUGCCAUUUGUCAACUGCUGCCGGAGCUGCCGCAGAAGGGUGCGCGUAUCAUGAAGAACGCCUUUUUUCACAAGGCGAUGAUGUCGCUGUUUAUGGAUCAGCGACUGCUGGGCAACGAUCGUUAUAUGCGAGAACUGAUCAAAGACGGACUGCUGGAAAUCAAUUUGUGCUCACUGAAUCGCAGUUAUAAGCAGCAUGUCAACGACAUUAGCGAGAUGGACGAGCGUGUGCUGCUCAAGCACAAGGAGCACAAGGAGACCACGAAACUAAACAAUGGCGAAAACAAAUGCAAUGGUGGCAACGAUAUCUCAAAUCUAUCGCAGCUGCUCUCCUUGGAGCUGCCAAAAGCGUUGCCCAGCUGUGUCAGCAAUUUUCUCGAGCAGGACGAGAUCAAAUUGCUGCACAAAACCCUUCGUGACAUGUGCCACAAGUUAGAGCGCGCCGCACAAUUGACCAAGCAAACAGCUGAGUGUCGCUUCCAGCUGGCAAGUGGUUUGUAUUACAUGCUGCUGGAACAGAUCGCAGAGGCCGAGCUGCGUCGCAACCCCACGUUUCAAAUUGUCACGAUGCUUAUAACAGCGCGGAGUUGCUUCAAUGCGUCAUUAAUUGCCUGCUGCCUGCAGCUAGUGCUGCACUUGUUUGACGAUGGCGACAACACCACGUUGCAGUUUCCAUGGCUGCUCGAUGGUUUCGCCAUCGAUGCCUUCGAUUUUCAGAAGAUCAUCGAGUUGGUUGUGCGCCAUGCCAGCGACUUGCUGCCACGUGAUCUCAUCAAGCACUUGCGCGAAGUGGAAGACGAAUGCCUGAGCUCGUUAAUUUGGCGGAAGAAGUCGCCGCUGUGGCGUCUGAAAGGUGAGCUGCCCAGCUACAGGAGCGUCCAGCUGAGCGUAAGCAAUGGCCAGGAGAAUGCUGCAAUAGCGCCCAGUGCUGUGGUCAUUUGUCUUCGUAAGUUCUAUAUGUUGGCCCAGCAGCGUUUAAACUACCUUUGCAAAGGACUUUCGCUGCUUGGCAGUUACUCAACCAUCUGGCAUUUGGUGGAGCACUCAAUUGUGGCACAUGGCGUUGCGCUGCUGCAGGAGCGGCAUCUCGACCAGCUGCUCAUAUGUGCCAUCUAUCUAUGUGAACGCAAGUCGCAGCAACCCAUCAGCUUUAGCACCAUUCUGCAGCAGUAUCGACGUCAGCCACAUGCUCGCAGCGUCUUCUAUCGUUCUGUGCACUUGGGAGAUGGCGACGAUCCCAUCGAUAUUAUUGGCUUUUAUAAUCGUGUCUAUGUUGGACUGAUGGCCGAAUAUGCCCGCAAGCUGCACUGCGAGCAACCCUUAGAGGAACGUGCGCUACAGAACCUGAGUAACAACACUGUCCAACGUCUCAAGAGCAAUGGCAACAACACCAACGUCUACGUCUCACGCGAGGCUUUGCCGCGCAUCUGCAUGUCCGAGGACUGCGGUGAGAAUAGCCAGAAUGAGAAGAAUCUGCACAUUAAUGUGAAUCUAAAUCUGAAGCGUGCUCCCUCCAACCAAGAUCUAAACACGAGCAAGCCAUUUCCUCCGUCCCGCAAGCGUCCCAAUAUCCUCAGACGUCUCCCACGUAGUCCAGAUAGUGGUGGCCACAGAACGGACAUAGAAAGUGAAGGCGAAUGCUAAGAGUAGCCACAACUUCCACGUAGUGUAUAGAUUAUGCUACUUACUAUAAUUAUACGUAUAAUGCCUUUUAUAUGUAUGUUUAGUUUUCUUUAAGAAUGAAUUACAUUAAUUGCUCGAAUGCUAAAUUUAGAAUUUAAUUAAAAUAACUACUGCCACAAGUUUUUUUUGUGCAAACUUCUAAAAUAAAAGCUUACCUUGUAUGUCUUUGAAUUGAUAGAAAAGUAUGGAGCCUGGAAACAGAAUGUGAAGACGAGUUCUCUUAUCAUAAGUAAUCGAAUUUGUAGUUCAUUAAUAAUGAAUUAUAUUAAUUUCUUGAAUGCUAAAUGUAUAAUUGUUUGUGGUAACUUCUACAAAUAACUGAUUUUUUCAGUAUUGCAUUGAUCCUCAAAAUGCUUAAGCAAAAAUAAUUGUUCAUUUCAUUGAAUUACA